AUGCCGCCGAAGAAGAAGUCCGACGCCCGUGGAGGCGCGCCCAAGCCUGGGACGAAGCAGGCGAAAGCCGCCGCGGAGCGGACGGCGGAGAGCGCAAAGAAAGCGCAGCAGCCUGCGGAUGAGCAAAAGAAGCCUACAGUCAAACAGGUCAUUGGUGGCGCAUCAUGGACGGGGAAAUUGCCAGUCAAUCUGAUGUCGGAGCAUUGUCAAAAGCAUAAAUGGGAGAAGCCAGAGUAUACUAUGGAUAAAGUUGGCGGAGGGUUUGUUUCCUCUGUCAUAUUGAGACGCAUCGACCCUAAAACCAAAGAAACGCUCACACUUCCUCCCAUACGAUUGCCAGUCGGGUUCAAACAGCCUACUGCGCUGGAAGCUCGUCACUAUGCCGCAACUUACGCCCUCUUCCAUGUGUGUAAUAAGACUAACCUACAUAUGAUGCUUCCGCCGGACUACAAAAAGCUUUGGAAAGACGACUUUGAGAAGUUGAAGGUGGCAGAAUUGAAGAAAGACCUCGCCUGGUUGUAUGAGGCGGACCCUUUCCUGGCUAAGAAGGAGCGAGAACUCGCAGCGGCGGACCUUCAAAAGAAACAAAAGGAGCAUGAAGCGGCACAGGCGAAGUCGUCCGACGGCGCGGUCAAUCUGGGGCUAGGGCCCAGCGGCGGCCAGACUAAAGGGAGAAACGUCUGGACCAGUGCGCCGAAGGUUGACCUAGGAAAUCGAGUGCGACGCGAGAUUGAGGCCCUUGUGCAGGAUCAUACGAUAUGGAACCCUUAUGACGUGAAGAUCUCCCAGUCAGAGCGAGAUAGUCUCAUCGAAGAGUUCACGAAACUAGGGUUCCGGAGGAGCCACGUUGAGGAAGCCAGUGCUGCGUGCAAGGAUAGGGAAGAAGUGCUAGAAUGGCUUCUUAUAUACGUUCCAGAGGAUGAUUUACCGCCUUGGUGUCUGCCUGAAAGAUAUUCAGUGGGCGUCACAUUGGUUAGCGACGAUCUCGCCAGAGAGUCGAAGCUCAAACGACUUGCAUCUGCUGGAUACCCUCCGGAUCUCUGUGCACGAACUCUGGACAGCCAGCGGGGCGAUGAUCUUGCUGCAGCAGAAGCUCUUCAGCGCACUCUUGUACAUGGAAGUUCAUCUAGCAACUUUGUGCCAUCUGAAAAUGAGGAUGGCUGGGCAGAAGAGCAAGAGACGCUUGAAGCCAUUUUUGGAGAGAAGUACUCGGCCAAAUCGCCAAAGGUCUGCGAGAUAGAGUGUGAGUCUCCUGAUGGAGAGGCAAUGCGCUUUCGAUUCCAGAGACCCUCGGAGCAUUAUCCGUCAACCGUUCCGAUAAUAUCUAUUCAGGCUGACAAGAUCCCUGCUUACAUCCGACUAAGUGCCAUCCGCCAGGCUGUGAAGUUCGCAGAGGAGAACUUCCUCGGGGAACAAAUGAUCUAUAAUAUCAUAGACUGGUUGGAAACCCAUUUACCACGAAUCAUUCAGGAUCCAGGGAAACUACGGGAUAUCUCAGCAAUAUCAGCACUUCCCGUUGCAUCUUCUGAUUCAAAAUUAGAACUUCCCACUCGCCAACGAAACAAGGGAGUGAGGAAAGUCGAUUGGUCACCCGGGUCUGACAAAAGUCUUGCUCUUAAAGAAGCCUGGGAAGCUAAGAAGGCUACGAAGGCCCAAAAAGCGAUGCUUCAGGCGCGGGAAUCACUUCCUGCUUGGAAUACCCAGGAAGCAAUCAUACGCGCUGUAAACACGCACCAAGUCACCAUCAUCUCCGGAGAGACAGGUAGCGGUAAGAGUACGCAAUCAGUCCAGUUUGUCCUUGAUGACAUGAUCAAAAGAGGACUUGGGUCUGCAGCAAACAUCAUCUGUACUCAGCCCCGCAGGAUUUCAGCAUUAGGUCUGGCGGACAGGGUCAGUGACGAACGAUGCUCACCUGUCGGCGACGAGGUCGGCUAUAUCAUCAGGGGCGAAUCGAAGGCUAAGGCUGGGACUACGAAGAUCACAUUCGUCACAACCGGUGUGUUGCUUCGUAGAAUUCAGUCAGGUAGCGGCUCGGGCAACAUCGCAAGCUCUCUUGCCGAUGUUACCCAUGUCGUUGUCGAUGAAGUCCACGAACGCAGUCUCGACACGGACUUCUUAUUGGCGCUUUUAAGGGAUGUUCUUCGUCAUCGGAAGGAUAUCAAGGUUAUUCUGAUGAGUGCCACCCUUGACGCAGACAUUUUUACACAAUACUUCGGCGGGCCUAAGUCGGUAGGCUUGGUACAUAUUCCCGGACGAACUUUCCCUGUGGACGAUUAUUACCUGGAUGAUGUUGUUCGCGAGACGGGCUUCGCGCCGGAACUCACUGAGCGAGGCUUCGAAGACGAUAAUGCAGGGGAGGAGUCAUUCGGCAAAAUCCUCCGUUCUAUUGGAAUGGGCAUCAAUUACGAACUGAUCGCAGCUACCGUUCGAUAUAUCGACUCCCAACUAGGAGAUCAGCCAGGCGGCAUAUUGAUCUUCUUACCGGGAACAAUGGAAAUCGAUAGAUGUUUGAAUGCUGUGAAGAGGAUCCCUAACGCACAUCCACUACCCUUACAUGCGUCUCUUCUCCCAGCUGAGCAGCGACGUGUUUUCCAAAGUCCUCCUAAAGGUAAGCGAAAAGUCAUUGCGGCCACCAAUGUGGCCGAAACAUCAAUCACGAUCGAGGAUAUCGUGGCCGUCAUCGACACUGGCCGUGUGAAAGAAACCAGCUACGACCCUAAAGACAACAUGGUUCGCCUCGAGGAAGUAUGGGCAUCCCAGGCAGCGUGUAAGCAACGUCGUGGUAGAGCCGGGCGAGUUAGGGCUGGUACAUGCUACAAGCUCUACACGCGCAAAGCAGAAUCAAGUAUGCCACAGCGACCAGAUCCAGAAAUCCGCCGCGUCCCGCUAGAGCAGCUAUGCUUGUCUGUUCGUUCGAUGCAGGGUAUCGACGACGUCGCCUCCUUCCUCGCCAACACCAUCACGCCCCCCGAAAGCAUUGCUGUCGAAGGAGCCCUCAACUUUCUCCACCGCGUCGGAGCCCUCGAUCACGACAAAUUAACCGCCCUAGGCCGAUACCUCUCCAUGAUCCCCGCUGACCUUCGCUGCGCCAAGCUGAUGGUCUACGGUUCCAUCUUCAAUUGCAUCGACGCCGCAAUCACGAUCGCCGCCAUUCUAACCGUAAAAUCUCCCUUCGUUUCCCCGCGCGAGCGUCGCGAAGAAGCAAACGCCGCCAGGGCUGCCUUCUCCAAAGGGGACGGCGACCUCCUCACAGAUCUAUCCGCUUACCAGGCCUGGUCAGAUCUUGUCAAAACCCAGGGCUACUGGGGCACGCAAUCAUGGUGCACAACCAACUUCCUCUCCCACCAAACCCUCCGUGACAUCUCCUCCAACAGAGCUCAAUUUCUCACCUCGCUCAAAGACGCCGCCAUAAUCCCUGUCGAUUACUCCGAAUCCUCUCCCUCCUUCUCACGUCUCAACAGCAACGCCUCCAACCGCAGCCUGCUCCGCGCCCUCGUCGCCGGCGCCUUCCAACCCCAGAUUGCACGCAUCGCGUUCCCGGAUAAGAAAUUCGCUAGCUCAAUAACGGGCACGUUCGAAGUCGACCCAGAUGCUCGCACAAUCAAAUACUUCAACCAGGAGAACGGCCGAGUCUUCAUACACCCCUCCUCCCUGCUUUUCUCCGCUCAGUCCUUCCCCAACGCAGCCGCGUAUCUGAGCUACUUUACGAAAAUGGAGACCUCCAAGGUCUUCAUCCGUGACUUGACCCCAUUCAACGCCUACUCCCUCCUCCUGUUUUGCGGCUCCAUCGACCUCGAUACAACAGGUCGCGGCCUGAUCGUCGACGGCUGGCUACGUCUCCGCGGGUGGGCGCGAAUCGGUGUCCUGGUUUCGCGGCUCCGCACAAUGGUCGAUGAGAUAAUUGCGACGAGGAUCGAUAAUCCCGGUUCGUUCUUACAGUCGAUAUCGUCGUCUUCGUCUGCUACGUCCGGUAAAGAUAGAAUCGCAACCCAAGUUAUCAAUGUGGUGAAAAAGUUGAUUGAGUUUAAUGGGUUGGAUCAGUAG